CAGUCAAACAUGACAUGCUACUUUAAUAUCAGUCUUCGUGGUACUCAAUUUAUUACAUCGUCUAUUUCAGUGCGAGAUUUACUGGAUAAGUUGUCAAAAGAGGGACAUGCUGAGAUUAAAACAAACGGGGAUUACUUUUUAGAUAGGAAUCCAGUCCUUUUCCACUACGUUUUGGAUUACUUUUCUGGUCGCAAAUUCCAUCUUCCAAAAGGAAUCUGUGCGAUUGAGGCGAGAGAGGAACUGGAGUUUUGGAUGAUUCCGGUGGACGCUGUACCUAACUGUUGCUAUGAAGUAUUGUUUGAUGACAACUUGUCUAGUUAUGAGGAAAUAGAAAAACUAGAACAACAUCUUACUAAUGGAGUUUUACCUGAGGAGAGGAUUGUUGUUUCAAAAAAUAAAUUACAGAACAUCAGGGACACUCUUAAUAAAGCAGCAGCUGAUCCAUUUUCAUGCCUUUUAGGAAAGAUUUGGUUUGUAAUUGUGGCUGCAUUGACCCUCACAACUACUGCAUGUUUUGUUAUUAAUAUGUACGAUGACUUCCGGAUGGAUCGUGAAAGCAUUCCUACGUUACCAAACAAUGCAACGUACAAUUUAUUCUUUAGCAACCCCAAACGUAAAACGCUCAUCGUCAAGGCUGCUCCAAUUGAAAGUGUCAUCCUGGAAGGAACAUGUAAUGCGUUGCUGUUGGUUGAUCUUUUGAUACGAUUUGUAAUUUCUUAUCAAAAGAAAUCGUUUAUACUCAACAUCCAAAACGUUGUAGAAGUAAUUGUUGGAGUUUUUUGUUUUCUCGUCAUUUAUAUUGAGAGGAAUCCUCAAAUAGCAAUCGAAAAUCCUAACUUAGAUUCUUUAAUUGUAAUAAUUGGUGGAUUUUAUUCGCUUCGGGUUAUGAAACUCCUCCGCUUGGCCGAAAGUACUGCCGAAAUGAAGAUACUUAAACUGUGUUUCCAAAAAAGUUGGAAAAUACUAAGUUUCCUUGUGAUGGUAUUUACAAUAUUCUCCACGAUAUUCGGCUGUGGAAUGUUUUGGGCUGAAUUCAAUAACGCAGAGACAUUUCCAAACAUCGGGAUUAGUAUUUGGUGGGCCAUUGUUACUAUAACAACUGUCGGAUACGGGGACUAUUAUCCAAAGAGUAUUUUCGGAUACAUCAUGGCUUCUGUGACGGCGUUGAUUGGCCUGUGUUUGAUAGCAAUACCAAUAGCUACUCUGUCAUCAAACUUCAGUACCUUCUAUCGUUGUUAUACAUUCAGGAAAAAGUAUUUAAGUGCAAAGAAAACAAUGAAAAGAAAACAAAUGAAAGAAAUAGUGUAUUGAUUAUAACAUUGUAUCUUUUUGGUUUAUUUAUCAUGGUAUGCAAAACUUAACAUCUAAAUUUAUUCUAUUAAACAUGUACUUAUAUUGAUAAAUAUUCAAUAAUAGUUCACCUUUUAAGAGAUAGAAAUUAUGUUUAUAUUUUACCACAUAUUAAAUAUUCUUAAAUUUUAUUUAAGUGUCUUAAAAGUUAUCGUUAUUUAGAAUAUUGUGAGAACAUUCUGGAUUUUAAAUGCAAAUUUUGAACAUAAUAAUUUUUUCCAAGAAUUUUUGUAAAUUAAUACAGAAAUUAUCAAAAUAUUUUCUACAAAAACAAUCUUUUGUUGUCGAUAUCCAACAACCAAAAUUAAUCAUUAAUCUAUUUCAAAGAAGUAAAACAAGUGACAAAAAAUUAACUCAUUUGUUUCAUAUGUGGAAACAAUAAAUAUGCUGAUGAUAUAUGAAGUAACUAGACAAAUAAGGCAUUGUGCUUUGUCGUUAUAUCCUUUAAUGGAUCUCUUGAGUUAGGCUUAUGAUUGUGUCCCUUGAACUGUGUAUAUUUUUAUCUUAGUGGUAGAAUCUGAAAUACAACGUGUCUUUAAUUUAUGUGAUUAUAUAGCUGUAAAAUUACAAAGAGUUUACAAGCAUAUUUAAAUUGACUUAAACAUUACAAUAAAUUAUUUAUAAUGUGAAGUGUUAUUGUCAAAAAUGUAACUUGCUAGAACUGGGAAAUAAAUGACAUUAUA